CGCGCCGGGUCCGUCGGGUGCGCGGUGCUGCCCGCGCUGCCCCGGGCCGCCCGCCGCCUCCGCUCGCUCUUCUUCCUCCUUCCCUCCGCUCCUGCACGCCCCUGCGGUACAUUUUAAUUAUCAGUCAAGAUGGAUAUCCGAGGUGCUGUAGAUGCUGCUGUCCCAACAAACAUCAUUGCUGCCAAAGCUGCUGAAGUUCGGGCAAACAAAGUAAACUGGCAGUCAUAUCUCCAAGGUCAGAUGAUUUCAGGUGAAGACUGUGAAUUCAUUCAAAGAUUCGAACAGAAAAGAAAUCCAGAAGAAAAACAGGAAUUGUUGCAAACAGAAGGCAAUCAAUGUGCUAAAACAUUUAUAAACUUGAUGACUCAUAUCUCCAAGGAACAGACUGUUCAGUACAUUCUGACUAUGGUUGAUGAUAUGCUGCAAGAAAAUCAUCAGCGUGUUUGCAUCUUCUUUGAUUAUGCAAAACGUGGUAAAAACACUGCCUGGUCCUAUUUUCUGCCAAUGUUGAAUCGACAAGAUCUCUUCACUGUGCAUAUGGCAGCAAGAAUUAUUGCCAAACUGGCUGCGUGGGGGAGGGAGCUGAUGGAAGGCAGUGACUUGAAUUACUAUUUCAACUGGAUUAAAACUCAGCUUAGUUCACAGAAACUACGCGGUACAGGGGGUUCUGUGGAUACAGGAGCAGUAUCCACAAGUGAUAGCUCCCAGUAUGUACAAUGUGUUGCUGGAUGUCUGCAGCUGAUGCUCAGGGUCAAUGAAUACCGCUUUGCAUGGGUAGAAGCAGAUGGAGUAAAUUGCAUCAUGGGUGUCCUGAGCAACAAAUGCGGUUUUCAGCUCCAGUAUCAGAUGAUUUUCUGUGUGUGGCUGCUGGCAUUUAGCCCUCAGAUGUGUGAAUACCUUCGUCGGUACAAUAUUGUCCCUGUGCUGUCAGAUAUUCUUCAGGAAUCUGUCAAAGAGAAAGUAACCAGAAUCAUCCUUGCAGCAUUUCGGAAUUUGUUAGAGAAAUCUACAGAGAGAGAAACUCGCCAAGAAUAUGCUCUUGCUAUGAUUCAGUGUAAGGUUUUGAAGCAGCUAGAGAAUUUAGAUCAGCAGAAAUAUGAUGAUGAAGACAUCAGUGAAGAUAUCAAAUUUCUACUGGACAAGCUUGGCGAGAGCGUGCAGGACCUUAGCUCCUUUGAUGAAUACAGCUCUGAGCUCAAGUCAGGAAGGCUGGAAUGGAGUCCUGUGCACAAAUCUGAGAAGUUCUGGCGGGAGAAUGCUGUAAGACUAAAUGAGAAGAAUUAUGAACUACUCAAAAUCCUGACAAAACUGCUGGAGGUUUCUGAUGAUCCACAGGUGCUGGCUGUAGCUGCUCAUGACGUGGGAGAAUAUGUGCGACACUAUCCCCGUGGGAAACGAGUGAUUGAACAGCUUGGUGGUAAGCAGCUGGUCAUGAACCACAUGCAUCACGAAGACCAGCAAGUUCGUUAUAAUGCACUACUGGCUGUGCAGAAGCUGAUGGUUCACAAUUGGGAAUACCUCGGGAAGCAGUUGCAGUCAGAACAACCUCAAACGGCCACUGCACGGAGCUAAACACUUCUGUCAGUUUAUGCAGUUUGUGCUUACAACUACAGUGUGUUUGUCUUAAAAUCAAUAUAAAGGAAAUACUGAAAUCACAUGCUCUUUGUCUGCUAUGGGUGCAUAAACAUUCCAACUUCCCUCUAGUGUUGUUGGCUUACUACAAAUUUGUUUGUUCAAUUAGUUCUGCUGAUUAUGCCUAUUAGCUUCUUGUUCUAUUCUGAAUGUAUAUGAAGAAAUGUGGCUAAUAUAUUGCAUUUGUUUUAUGUAUUUAUUCUCAUAAUAAAGACUAUUAUUAAAGGAUAUCCGUUCCAUAAUGGAUAUUAUAACUAGUCUAGAAAAAUUGUUCUCUUCUUUUAGUGGACUGUCAGUGUUGUCAUUUUCCAAGAAAAGCAAGUUGUCCCCUUGUGUCUCAGACAAAUUAAUAAAGCCUUGACUUAGUGUUUCAUAGAAAGUGCAAUAGCCUAAGAAAUAUUGAUUAUCAGUACGAAAAUAUAUAUACCAAGUCUCAAAAUAGUGUUAAAAUUGUACAUAAAAGCAAAUGUAUGGGUAGGGUUUUUCUAAGAGGGUGAGGUAAUUCUCUGGUUAGAAACUACAUUAAAAAAUCAGGAAAUGAGAAAAGAAAAUGAGCACUCCUCCAUCCAUGAAAACAUACCCUCAGGCUAUUAGUCCAGCUGUAUAACACCAUUGGUUAAGGCUGUAGAUCAGAGAUCAAGUUGAGGGUGGUUUUUAAAAUUUUUUUUUAAUGUGCACUAACUGCUGAACUUGUAAUUUCAUUUUUGUUAAUUGAAAAUACUUGUAAAUGUCAGAAUUCUGGUUUCAUGGUAAAAUCUAUUGUAUAUUAAGCCAGAUAAUUUGGCUAUCAAUAUUUUCUGUGUUUUGUAGCUUCUGACAGUAUAAAAUAUGCAAUCAAUAAAUUUAAGAUGAUCUUGGCUUGGCAUAUGAAAACACUUCUGUUGCAUAGAUAGAAGCCUGGCUCCAGGCACUUGCAACAACAAGUAGUUAAUAUUCUUGUGAUUCAUUAUUAGAAUUUAAAAAAAAAAAAGUGAACAUAACUCAAUCCUUAAUCUUGUCAGUAGUCAUUUGAGGUGCAAGUCUCUGAGGAAGCUUUGAGUACUUUGUCAUCAAGUGAAAAGACUAAUUGGGAAAACUUCCCUUAUCCAGCCUGCAUUUUCAUCAUAUCUAAUUAAAGUUUGACCACUGUUGCAAUAGAGAGAGAAGAGAGUUAGAGGACUACAGGUUGAUGAUUUCUUGGUCUGCUUAAUUAAAAUUGGACUGUGUAGCUUAAUGUCUGUUGCUUACUUUUGCAUAUAGAAGGCUUUGAUAUUGCAGUCAGUAUCACAAGGAUAGAUGCUGAAGCCUGAAAAUAAUUAACCCUCACUCCAGCUAAAAUCAGUUUCUCUGAGUUGAUCUUACCUCAGCACUGGCUAUUCCCACUGGUGGUGGGAAGCAGUUGGGAGAACAAGGGUGCACGUACACUGCCAUUCUUAUCUUGGGUCAGUUGAAUGCUCUUGAAAUGAAUCUCUGAGCCCUCCCUGCAUUUCACACUUCAGUUGACAUUGCAUGGUGGUGUCAGCCCGUGACUGGGGUUCCUCUCCAAUAAAGCUGAAGUGCAGGAUGUGCAUCCUGCAUGAUGUACAUCACGCUAUAAAUCCUGUGUGUCUUGGCUAUGUGGCAAGUGUUCAGACUACUGGACCAUUUAAGAUUUUGUUUGAAGUAUGGCCUUUAGAAAUGCAUGUGGAGUGAAUGCUGAAUUAGCACCAAGUGUCUUGCUCUACAGAUCAGCUUUUCAUGUCACACUUGUCAAUGUAAGCAGGGCCUAAGACUGCUAUAAAAGAUUGGUCCUAUGGUUACAACUGUAAUGUCAUGUCCAAGAGCUGUGAUGUGGCAUUAAUGGGAAAGGAAUAUGUCCCCACCUUCAAAACCAAGUGUGUUGUUUCCUUUUCCAAGGGGAACACUCAAGCACUGCUGGGUAAGGAGAUCUGGGGUUGAAUUACAGGUGUAAACUUGACAAAUACUACAACUGGAAGCCUCUUCAGUUUCUGGAGGAGCUAGAAAUAAGUUACUCAUAAUGUGAAACAAAAUUGCUUACAGGGAUUGACCUGAAACAUCUGAGUAUUACUUUCAUGUAUUAUACAAAUAAAUUCUCUUCUCCUGCUUUGCUAGUAUUAUCUUGUGCAUAAUUUAAUUCUUCAUCAUGUGGUCUGUUUCUAAGCUGUGUGAUACCUGGCAUUCUCUGACAUUUAGUUACCACCUUAUGUCCAACAGCUUUCUAAUUAAAGAAAUGGUUCUGAAGUUUCA